GAAUGAAGCCAGCUGCUAAAUUUAUGUCUUGGGGGCCGAGAAACAUCUUUAGUAUUAGGCAACCAAGUCACUUGCUGGUGGCCUCUUUCGCUACUGCCGACCGGGACUGAGAAGACGUCUGAUCAUGUCCCACCGCAAGUUUUCAGCUCCCAGGCAUGGCCACCUGGGCUUUCUCCCUCACAAGAGGAGCCACCGUCACCGCGGGAAGGUGAAGACGUGGCCCAAAGAUGACCCCAGCAAACCGGUUCACCUGACGGCCUUCCUGGGCUACAAAGCAGGCAUGACUCACAUCCUCCGGGAACACUACAGGCCGGGGCUAAAGGUCUCAAAGAGGGAGGAGGUGGAAGCUGUCACCAUCAUAGAGACACCACCUUUGGUGGUCGUUGGACUGGUGGGCUACAUCGAGACGCCCAGGGGUCUGAGGAAUUUCAAGACCAUCUUCGCAGAGCAUAUCAGCGAUGAAUGUAGAAGACGUUUCUACAAGAACUGGCACAAGAGCAAGAAGAAAGCAUUUACCAAGUACUGCAAGAAAUGGCAGGAUGAGGCCGGGAAGAAGCAGCUGGAGAAGGAUUUCGCAGCCAUGAAGAAGUACUGCAAGGUCAUCCGCAUCAUCGUGCACACCCAGAUGAAGCUCCUGCCACUGAGACAGAAGAAGGCUCACAUCAUGGAGAUCCAGCUGAACGGGGGCACCGUGGCAGAGAAGGUGGACUGGGCUCACGAGAAGCUGGAGAAGCAAGUGCCCGUCAGCACCGUCUUCUCCCAGAACGAGAUGAUUGACGUCAUUGGUGUCACUAAGGGGCAUGGGAUGAAAGGUGUGACAAGUCGAUGGCAUGCUAAGAAACUCCCUAGGAAAACUCACAAAGGACUGCGUAAGGUCGCAUGCAUUGGAGCCUGGCAUCCUGCCCGGGUGGGCUACUCCAUUGCCCGGGCUGGCCAGAAAGGCUACCAUCACCGCACAGAACUUAACAAGAAGGUUUACCGCAUUGGGCGUGGGGUUCACAUAGAAGAUGGCAAAGUGGUGAAGAACAACGCCUCCACCAAUUACGACACAACCGAGAAAACAAUUACCCCGCUGGGUGGAUUCCCUAAGUACGGAGAAGUCAACAAUGAUUUCGUGAUGGUGAAGGGUUGUGUGGUGGGCACCAAGAAGCGGGUGCUCACCCUCAGGAAGUCCCUUCUGGUCCAUACAAGCAGGAAGGCCCUGGAACCUGUGGAGCUGAAAUUCAUUGACACAACCUCCAAGUUUGGUCAUGGACACUUCCAGACGGCUCAAGAAAAGCGUGCUUUCAUGGGCCCACAGAAGAAGCACCUGGUGAAGGGGAAGGUGGAAACCCAGGAGGAAUUGUGAAAAGGGCUUCUCCUAAGGUGUUUCUGGACUCCAGUCCAACUUUGUCGCUGCUUUGAAUAGUUGCAAACAUGAAUACACUGAAACAAAACCGG